CACAACUCAAUACUUUCUCCCCUCCUAUAUAUACCUCUCACCCUUACUUCUCUCUCCGUUCAGUCUUUUCAAAUAAGCAUAAUUAACUCUUUCCUUCAUCCAUUCAUAUGCUUUAAUUUAUUUUACUGAAAGUGUGGUGGAGCGUAUAUAUAACCAGAAUAAUGGGCAUAUGCAGUUCAUACGAAUCGACAUCAGUUGCUACUGUCAAAUUAAUACUACAUGACGGAAGGUUACAAGAGUUCUCUUAUCCAGUGAAGGCUUCAUACUUGUUACAAAAUGACCCUACAAUCUUUAUUUGUAACUCCGACGAAAUGGAUUUCGGAGACGUAGUUUCUGCCAUAAGUGACGAGGAGGAGCUUCAACUAGGUCAACUAUAUUUUGCUCUGCCUUUGAGCCAACUGAAAUGUAGGCUUCAGGCUGAGGAAAUGGCUGCAUUAGCUGUGAAGGCUAGUUCUGCGUUAAAUAAUAGUGGUGACGGUGAGAAAUGUUUAAUUCUAUUUGAAAAAGGUGGUGGAAAAAUUUCCAAGAAAGUGGUGGAUGACAGUGGUUCUAGAGGGAGAAACAAUCGGGGUGGCAGCGCCAGGAGAAAGAAGUUCACGGCGAAGUUGAGUGCAAUAAAUGAGUAGGGGUAAAAAAAAAUGUGGUGGUGAUAGGUCAGUUUGUGCGUACGGAUAAUUUUGACCAUGAAGAUUAUUUAUAUAGACAAAGAAAUCAAUUGGAGUAAUUUUUUUUUAUCACUAGUGAGAUUUGAGAUCUGAUCUUUGAUAGUUUUUACUCACUUUAUUAAGGGUACUAUCUGAAGAAGCUAACUGUUCAUUUUGCAUGAGAUGUAAAUAGUAGGUUUUGUAAAAGAUCUUGAGAUUACUAUUCGUCUAGUUAGAUGCUACUUGUUCAAAAUUCGGCGUUUGCUUGUUUUUGGUUUUUAUGCACUGUCAGCCAAUAGAGGGGUUGUAUCGCAAUUUUACCCCUCAGAGGUUUUCAUUAUUGAGUGAAGACAUAGGCGGAUUCAAGAUUUAAA